UUAUGAGCCUGCGCUUCAUCUUGAAUGGCACUUGUCCCACUUGUCAAGGGUUCGGACUGGUGGUUCUGCACUCCCAUUCUCUAUUAGAGCAGCCAUGGCUACUACGAAGGCGGCGCCUCUUGUGUGGAUCAACGGAUUCCCUGGCUCUGGAAAACUCACCGUGGCCAUGGCUAUAUCAACAUUGCACAAAGCAGUCAUCGUUCUGGACAAUCACAAGCUGAUUGACCCCGUCGAAGCACAGUUCCCACGCACCCAUCCCUGCUAUCAACACGAGCGACAGUCCUACCGUCAAGCGGUUCUGGAGAAAUAUGUAUGCGAUACGGCUACAAACUCAAGACUAGUCGUUUUCACAGAUUUUCAGUCAAACAAUGAUCUAGGCCGCAACGUGGCCUCGGAGUACAGAGAUGCUGCCUAUAGAGCUGGCUGACCCUUCGUGCCCGUCUACCUUACCUGCGAUGCAGACACCAACCUUGAGCGCGUCGCCAGCUUCGACCGCCUCAGGAGUGGGACAACCAAGCUGACGGACGCUCAAGCACUCCGAGAUUU